AUGUCUCUCCUAACUAGCGAAAGCGGCUUGCUGUCCGCUCUCGCUACUGAUUCCUCCUCCAACAUCGCGUCUUCGAGCUCCACGCCUCCCACCAGUAUAUCCGACGUUGCCAGCCAGGCCUCCGACGGCCCCAAACUAGACGACAUCCCCGUCAUCCUCGAAACCGAAACCCUCAUCGAGACCGAAAUCGAGGCUCAGAUCGAAAUCCCCGCGGCCACAAUUCCAGCUGCCGAUCCUGCACCCGAAACACCCUCGGAACCCCAGUCCGCAGCGCGCCCACGUCGGUCUUGCUCCGGAAAAGGCGUAUACAAUCUCUCAAAACUCAGCGGCACGGCGAACCGCGGUCACCGCCGCGCCAAAGGCGACAUCGUCGCCGCUGACCGACGCAGGACCAUUUCUAGCGACACACUUGUCGAUGGCGAAGCCAAUGUGGAUGAAGUGGCGCGUGUCGCUGGCAAUCUUGUCCGUGACGGCAUUGACGCGUUGAACCUCCAAUGGUCUGUCGGAGCUCUCAAGACACCACGUGUGAAGAAGAUCACUGCGGAAAAGGCAAAGACGUCGCGAAUUACCCGCCAUACGGCGCGUCUUAUCGGCACCCCUGUCGAAACUCUUGCGACCAAGGUCUCCAACCUCGGCAAACGGAGUCGCAAAACCUUUGAGAAGAACAUGUCUAAAAUCCCCCGCGAAUUGCGCCGCCUUCAGGACACCAAAGAAUUCUCCGGUAUCGACGAGAAGCCCGUCAUCAGAACGGUCUGGUCCAACGGAAAGCUCGUUAUCUUGGACGAAAAUGGCAACAUUCCCGCACCCCCGGCCAAGAGGGCCAAGUCGGAGCCGCUCGAGACCAAGAAGGAAGAGGCAGAAGAGAAAACCGAGAAGGCCGACGAAGCCCAAUUUAAGAAAACUAAGCGGUACAAGAAAUAUCUCGAUCGCGGACUGUAUGCUGGUCAAUCGACUUUGUCUGAUCUGACCAAGGGCUUGUCGAUAGCCGAGCAAAGGAAGCUUGCGCAAACUCAAGAGCUCAAGGACUAUGGCCGCCCCAACAAGGCUCUUCCAUUGCCCAUGUUUAAUGGACUGCGCCUGCUGCUCAGCGGUCGCGAUUUUAAGCUCCCCUUUGACGUCUGCAACCCUCUGCCGCCUGGCCAGCCGAAGCCCGACGAUUUCCGCAAGAUGACAAAGAAUCGAUUUGUUGGUGAUUCUCUGAGUCUAUGGAAGAAGACACCGCACUUCAUCGACCAAUCCAAGUGCGUCUGCAAACCUGAAGAUGGAUGCAGUGAGGACUGCCAGAACCGAAUCAUGCUGUACGAGUGCGACGACAAGAACUGCAACGUCGGCAGGGAAUAUUGUACAAACCGCGCCUUUGCCGACCUUCAAGAGAGAAAAGCAGGUGGCGGCAAGUAUCGCGUCGGUGUCGAGGUCAUCAAGACGUCUGACCGUGGCUAUGGCAUCCGCGCGAACAGAUGCUUCGAGCCGAACCAGAUUGUCAUGGAGUACACCGGCGAGAUCAUCACCGACGAGGAAUGCAACAAUCGCAUGGAAACCAAGUAUAAGGAUAAUAAGUGUUACUAUCUCAUGAGCUUUGACCAGAACAUGAUUAUUGACGCCACGACUGGUAGCAUCGCUCGUUUCGUCAACCACUCGUGUGCUCCCAACUGCCGCAUGAUCAAGUGGAUUGUGUCUGGCCAACCUAGAAUGGCAUUAUUCGCGGGGGACAAGCCCAUCAUGACGGGCGAGGAACUCACCUAUGACUACAACUUCAGUCCGUUCAGCGACGAGAACGUUCAGAAAUGUCUAUGUGGCGCGGCGAACUGUCGAGGGAUCUUAGGGCCUAAGCCUCAGGAAGUCAAACAGCCCAAGCCUCCCAAGUCGACUAUCAAGGCCGUCGUCAAGAGCGCCGUCAAGGCGAGCAAGAGGAAACUCGAGACGAUGAUCGGCGACGAGGAAGAUGGCGGCUCCGCUAAGAAGCGCAAGAUCAAGGCCACGAAAGGCGUGAGACGAUCGCUAUCUUCGAGCGGCCUGUUGACCAAGGCUGCGUCCAAGGGCGCGGCCACGGUGAAGAGGCGUGUCUCGGCCAUGGCAAUUCUCGGCAGCACCAGCAAGACGAGCACCCCGGCAAAGACGGCCAAGGCCGCAAAGUCGACCCUGGCGAAGAUGACCGUCAAAAAGGCAACUCCGAAGAAGUACACGGCUCCCAACCCCGCACGCAAAGCUACCGCAGUCCGUAAGUCGGGCUCCGGGAAGAUGCUCAAGACGUAUGGAAAGGUUUCGCCUAAGAAGCUGAGCAGCCGUGCGCCAAGCAUGACGAUUGUGGCCGCGGGAGCGGAGAACGAAGAGGAACUCACACCGGAGAAGAGCAAAGCCCCGAAGCUUCACCGAAGUCUUAGCAAGGCUUCUCGGAACGCGCUGGAAGAGCUGUCACGUGGUUCCACCAUCCGUCUUGUGAGUCCCGACCUUGUGAGCCCGGGAGCCACGAUCACGGCCCGGCAAGAUUAG